AUUCAGGCAGUGAUGAGGAUUUCAUGGUGGAAGAUGAUGAUGACAGUGAUUAUGGUCGCUCCAAGAAGAAGAAGGAUUCAGGCAGUGAUGAGGAUUCAGGCAGUGAUGAGGAUUUCAUGGUGGAAGAUGAUGAUGACAGUGAUAAUGGUCGCUCCAAGAAGAAGAAGGUGGUUAAAAAAUCUAAACCAGAGCGAAGGGAGAGAAAAGUACCUAAGCCACGACUAAAAGCCAGAGAUGAAGACUAUGGAAGAGCUGCAGCACCACCUACAAAGAAAUCUCGUGCAUCACCCAGAGAGGUUAAAGAAAAGAAAAGGCCUGUAAAAAAUUCACAGGAAGAGAGUGAGGAGUCUGAAAAAGAUACAAAGAAAACCAAAAAAGAAGAGGACAACUCUGCAGAGGAAGACAUUGGUAGUGACGAUGAUGUUGCAGCAGGUGAUGGAAAAGACGAUAGUGACUAUGAGAGCCCCCAAAAAAGUAAAAUGGUCAAAAAGCCUACACCUGACAAGAAGAGCACUCCAAAAUCAAGGAAGAAAACUUCCCCAGAUGAUAUUGAUGAUGAAAAAGAUAAACGCAAAAAUGUCCGCCAGCAAGGACAAGCCGCAUCCAAAGCUGUUUCUAAGCAGAGGGAAAUGUUGAUGGGUGAUGCGGGCAGUGAAGAGGAGGAGCCAGAGGAGGAGGAAGAAGCACAAUUUCUAGAAAAGGAUUCAGGCAGUGAUGAGGAUUUCAUGGUGGAAGAUGAUGAUGACAGUGAUUAUGGUCGCUCCAAGAAGAAGAAGAUGGUUAAAAAAUCAAAACCAGAGCGAAGGGAGAGAAAAGUACCUAAGCCACGACUAAAAGCCACAGUAACACCAAGUCCAGUAAAGGCCAAAGCAAAAACUCGCCCAGCCUCAAAGGCACCCAAGGAGAAAUCUCCGUCGCCUAAAGCAGAGGAAGAAGAGGAGGAGGAGGAUGAUCCUGAGACACCCCCACCAAAGAAGAAACCUGCAAGCCCUGCACAGGAGAAGUCUGGAGAAGAGGGUUCUGAUGAAGAAGCUCAGUCCGCGGAGGACUUGCCUGUUGUGUUUAGGGAGUUGUGGGUUGGGUAUGUGGGUGUGAGGGUGAAUAUUGGGAAGAUUUUAUUAAAAAAUACAAAAAACAAAAGUUAAGAAAAGGAAAAAAGAAGCCAGGUUGGAGAUAAAACAUGAUUAAGGCAACUGCUUGACUCGUGCACCACCAAUUCUGUCUUUCAUUUGUUUUAAGAGUUACAUAUGCGCUUUUUUAUUUUUAUUUUAUUUUUUAUUCAGCAGAAGGUGAACCUUUUUUGCCAUUGGGGGGUUAAUGGUCAGUCUUUCCCAUCACCUGUAUGAAAUAAAGCCAUGCACAUUUUUAAUAAGUUUGCAUUGGUAAGAUGU